AUGAAUUUUGCAGAAAAUCCUGACCCGAACACCGACCUUCGACGCGCUAAAGCAGAGCUUAAACGGCUCAAGUCGGCACUGCCGACAUUUCCGUCUCCUGACCAGUUGUAUAAUGACAUAGUUCACUGUUGUAGCGAGAUCAUGUAUCUGAUUGAGCUCAUUGACAAUAUUAAGAUAGAUAUUACUUACUUUUUCCAUAAUUGUGAUCCAUGGAAUGUACUAGAGCGAGACGCCCAAAUCAAAGAAUUGACUGUCAAAAACUAUCACUUGCGAUUGCGAAGCCUGCGACAACAUCUCUCUCUCUUAUUCUCUUCCGUCCCGGUCAUGAUCGCGACAAAAGCUAUGUCCGCAAAAGCAUGGCAGUCCUAUACGGCAACCCCUCAGCACUACACGAAGAAAAAUGGGGAGGAAGUACCACUUCUUACGGAGCAGAGCGAGAUAGAAAGGAUUCUGAGCGAUCAUGAGGAAACCAUCGAAGAAUUGUUUGCAAAGUUAAAAGACAUUCGAGAAGAAUGCCUUUAUCAAGAACGUUAUCGAGAAGAUGUUUCGGCGAAGAAGAUAUGCAAUGCGCUUAGGACACUCAACGAGCAGUUCAGUGACUUACGAGAAAAGCUGCAGCAGGAUCGCCUAAAGAUGAUCACGGAAGAAACCCAAACCGAUGAUGUACCUCUCGUGCCGAUGGACGUUGAAGUGAUCCAGGAAGACAUUGACAAUGUCGAGCGAGAAGGCGAACAGGCAAGAAUUAUGGAUAAUGCUGAAUACAUGGAAGCUAUUCAGGAGGAUGCCGAAGAAGUGGAACUGCAAGAAAACGAACAGAUCAUGAAGGAUAUUGCUCUCCUGGAACAGGACCUAGCCCUCGUCCAGAGAAGACUUGAAGAGCUUUCAAAGGAGCGACUCUGCCGUCCACGCACUUAUGAAAUAGGAGUUGACCGUGAUGAGGAGAAAAUGAUGCCGUGUGCGUUUUGUCACGUCCCAGGCCAUCAUUACUCCGAUUCUUGCAGAGAAUACCACUUGCAGCGGCGCGCGAAGAAUCUCUCGACAAGCAAAAACGCUGCACGAUGUGCUUGGAAGUAG